UUUUUUGAGACAGGGUCUUGCACUGGUGUGCAAAGGAGCGAUCUCGGCUCACUGCAACCUCUGCUUCCCAGGCUCAAGCAAUCCUCCUGACUCAGUCCCCACUGCCCACCCCACACCCCACCCCAGUAGCUGGCUAUGGGUGCCCUCCACCACACUGGCUACUUUUUGUGUUUGUUUGUUUGUUUUUGUAGAGAUGGGGCUUCACCAUGUUGCCUGGGUUGGUCUCGAACUCCUGGGCUCAAGCGAUCCAUUUGCCUUGGCCAUCCAAAGUGCUGGGAUUACAGGCGUGGGCCACUGCACCUGGCUAAACAUUUCUAAACAUAAAAAAGCUAUAGUAAAAUAUGUUAUUAUAAUCUUAUGGGACCACCAUCAUAUAUGCUGUCCAUUAUUGACCAAAAUGUUAUGUGGCACAUGACUCUGUGUAUGUACACCCACACCCACACCCACACAUACACAUAUGUAUCAUAAUAUAAUACAAAAAAAAAAAAAACCCAUAAUACAAAGAAAACAAAACAAAAAAAACUUUCCUCAUUGAAUGACUGGAAUCAGACCUUUUGUUUAAAGGCUUUGAAUACAAUUUUCCCAGUUUUUAAAAGUGUGGAAGCUAAACUGUAAGAUUCCACAAAGAAAAGUUUCCAGAAUAUAACAUAUUUGCCAGAAACUGCCUUUCAAAGCAAGUGGAAAAUAUCCUUACUAGUUUAGAAAAGUUCAGAUAUUUAAAAGAAGUAAAAUUUUGCACAUCAAUUAAAAUUGAAGUGCCUUUGUGUAACUAGAAGGCAAAUCAGCAUAUAAGAACUUUUUUGUAAUUUGUAAUCCAAUUUAUUCAAGUCGAGGAGACUUACACAUUAUUUAAAAAGUAUAAAAUGAAGUCAUAGUAAUGAAAAAUACAGUACAGUGUGUUUUGACCAUACAGUAAUGAGGCUGAUUUUCUCAGACGACUUAGUCACAUAACAUGCAACAUUUUAAAUGUGUCUUCCUCAGCCAAGAGCAACAAAGUGAGACCAGCCAAGAGUCAGUCAUAUGACCACCGGCAAAGUUGCCAAUGCAGUUUUUCCAUUUCAUGUGCCCUGUGGAAGUGCAAAAGUGGAAAAGUAGACCCAAUUGGAAUGGGCAAAAGUGGAAAAGUAGACUCAAUUGGAAUGCUAGUUUUUUUUCACAUUGCGUAAGUUAAAGGUACAACAGCUGCUAUAUGCUAAAUUAUCACUAGUUGUGGGACUUUAGUUACAGUACUUGAAUUUCCCCUCACUCCAACUUCUUAAAAUGUGUUGAAAUACCAACCAUUACUAAGUUAGUUUCUCCAAUGUAAUUGAAUAGUCUAACUUGGUAUUUUAGUCCUUAACAGAUUUUGCCUAAAAUUAUAACAUUUACAGGGAAAAAAAGUUCAGAGUUAAAAGAAUACCAUGCAAGGGCAAAUGCUUUUAUGGACAAACUUUGAACUGGAUCUUCACUGUUCAUUACCUUACUGUAUUUGCUAAGGAAGCUAAGAUCUCAUUUAAUUUUUGUGUGCUUUGCUUUGGUUCAAAACUAACAUCACAUUCUCAGAACUUGGUCAGGCCUUAAUCAAAUAAAAUAUUAUUGAGCUUCCACUUGGUCUUUCCAUUCUGCUAAGUGCAAAGACAGUUCUGGAGAAAUCAGUCUUAGCUCAUGUCCUCAAGGAGUUGGUCAAAAGACAAAGGUUGCAGAAUAUGUACGUGCCAUGUCAAUGAACUGCUACAAUGGAAUAAACUUAAAAUAAUGCUAACAUUUAUUGACUCCUCAUAAUACGGCCAGAAACUUUGCAUGAAUUAACUCAUAGAAACGUUAUGACGUUGUAUUAUAAGCUAUCUUAAUUUGCAGAUGAGGACACUGAGGCUUAGGGAAGUUAUCUAACUUGCCUAAGGUUAAAGCAAUAUGCUACCUUUAUGGUUGCAUCUCCUUAGUAAAUCUCUGGGUUGCUCGGACUCCAGUGCGAGAAAGAGCCUAAAAUUUGCAAACUUGGAUGAUGGGGAAGAAAAGGUGUGCUAAAGUCAGGUCACAGAGGUUCAGUCUUAAUCUUGUUCCUCUGCAAGCCUUGUUGCUCACACCUCUUGACCGACAGCUCGAGGCAGGUCCUCACAGCAAACUUACUCUACGUAAGCCAAGGCCAGGUUUGGGAAGAAGGGGCUGAGAAAUGUUAGAAACGUGAACGCAGUCCAGGCGGGAGAAGAGAAGGGGGUUUCGAGGGGUGCCCCUAUGCAGCUCACACACACACACGAAGCACUCACUUGGAAAAGCAACAAGCUUGGUGGGAGGUCCUCCCGCGGCUGGAGGGCCCUGAACCCUAGGCCAAGACUCAUCCACAACCUAGGGGGAGGCGGCCACCAGCGCCCCAUCUAAGCUAAAGGGCUGACAGAAGGGCUGCAGCGGCAAGUGCGCGCCAACACACGCCGGGUCUCGCAUACGCCCAGACACCUGAGGCUCUGAGAGGAACUUCCCGGCGAUCCGCUCAGGCUGCGCAGAGCCUCUUCUCCCCGCCGGGGCCCCGCCCAGCCUCACUUCUUUUAAAAGCAGCAGCCAGCAGCGCGCCAGCGGCGUGCGGCUCGAAAGGCCGGGAGGACGUCAGAGCCGCGCUGUGGAGGCCCCAGCACGCCCCGCUUUCCUUCGCAGUGACUCGGCGGCGCCCAGGACUGCGCGCACCUACACCCAAACGCGCGCUCCACCCGGUAGCCUCCUCCUGCCUCACGGCCCGAAGAUGGCGGCUCUCAAACUCCUCUCCUCCGGGCUUCGGCUCUGCGCCUCUGCCUGCGGAUCUAGAGGAGCCUGGUACAAGGGAUGUGUUUGUUCCUUUUCCACCAGUGCUCAUCGCCAUACCAAGUUUUAUACAGAUCCAGUAGAAGCUGUAAAAGACAUCCCUGAUGGUGCGACGGUUUUGGUUGGUGGUUUUGGACUAUGUGGAAUUCCAGAGAAUCUUAUAGAUGCUUUACUGAAAACUGGAGUAAAAGGACUAACUGCAGUCAGCAACAACGCAGGGGUUGACAAUUUUGGUUUGGGGCUUUUGCUUCGGUCCAACCAGAUAAAACGCAUGAUCUCUUCAUAUGUGGGAGAAAAUGCAGAAUUUGAACGACAGUACUUAUCUGGUGAAUUAGAAGUGGAGCUGACACCACAGGGCACACUUGCAGAGAGGAUCCGUGCAGGCGGGGCUGGAGUUCCUGCAUUUUACACCCCCACAGGGUAUGGGACCCUGGUACAAGAAGGAGGAUCGCCCAUCAAAUACAACAAAGAUGGCAGUGUUGCCAUUGCCAGUAAGCCAAGAGAGGUGAGGGAGUUCAAUGGUCAGCACUUUAUUUUGGAGGAAGCAAUUACAGGGGAUUUUGCUUUGGUGAAAGCCUGGAAGGCGGACCGAGCAGGAAACGUGAUUUUCAGGAAAAGUGCAAGAAAUUUCAACCUGCCAAUGUGCAAAGCUGCAGACACCACAGUGGUAGAGGUUGAAGAAAUUGUGGAUAUUGGAGCAUUUGCUCCAGAAGACAUCCAUAUUCCUCAGAUUUAUGUACAUCGCCUUAUAAAGGGAGAAAAAUAUGAGAAAAGAAUUGAGCGUUUAUCAAUCCGGAAAGAGGGAGAUGAGGAAGCCAAAUCUGCUAAACCUGGAGAUGACGUAAGGGAACGAAUCAUCAAGAGGGCCGCUCUUGAGUUUGAGGAUGGCAUGUAUGCUAAUUUGGGCAUAGGAAUCCCUCUCCUGGCUAGCAACUUUAUCAGCCCAAAUAUGACUGUUCAUCUUCAAAGUGAAAAUGGAGUCCUGGGUUUGGGUCCAUAUCCACGACAACAUGAAGCUGAUGCAGAUCUCAUCAAUGCAGGCAAGGAAACAGUUACUGUUCUUCCAGGAGCCUCUUUUUUCUCCAGCGAUGAAUCAUUUGCAAUGAUUAGAGGGGGACAUGUCGAUCUGACAAUGCUAGGAGCGAUGCAGGUUUCCAAAUAUGGUGACCUGGCUAACUGGAUGAUACCUGGGAAGAUGGUGAAAGGAAUGGGAGGUGCUAUGGAUUUAGUGUCCAGUGCCAAAACCAAAGUGGUGGUCACCAUGGAGCAUUCUGCAAAGGGAAAUGCACAUAAAAUCAUGGAGAAAUGUACAUUACCAUUGACUGGAAAGCAAUGUGUCAACCGCAUUAUUACUGAAAAGGCUGUGUUUGAUGUGGACAAGAAAAAAGGGCUGACUCUGAUUGAGCUCUGGGAAGGGCUGACAGUAGAUGACAUACAGAAGAGUACCGGGUGUGAUUUUGCAGGAGCCACUCUGGAUGGUCCAGUGGGAAAGGGCCUCAGGAAACUCUACCCUGACUCUUGGAUGGCCGACAGUGUGUAUGUUGGAAACACCCUUAUUUCUGCUGACAAACUACAGGAUCCCAAAUGCCCAACACAGCCAUUUUUUUUGUUUUUGGCUCACUCCUAAGCACCAGGAAAAACAGGAUCCGUGGAAAGAGGAAAACUGGUCAUGGCACUGGAGCCCGUGGAGUGGGUCGGAGUUGGGUUUGGAGUGAGAAAGCAUUAGGGUUCAGCAAGACACACUUUAUAUGAAACAUUUGUUAUUGUAUUUUCUUUAAAUGUUAAGACAGCAUCAAUUUUUAAAUGCACUAUGAUUUUGUUUGCUUUCUUAUCACUUAGAAAUUUUAUUGUGUAGAUACUAAGAUUUUUUUAGACUUCUCCUCAGUCCCAGGUGAGUUCACCAAUUACUUCCUGCCCAAGAGUCAUUAAUGGAUGCCUUGUGCAGCUGAUAGGCAUUGCAAGCAGUUAAUGACCCAAGAAAAUUGACCAGUCUUGAAAUCUGUGCAUUUGAAAUCCAGGAGUUUUUAGAGACAGGAGGAGUCAAGCGGUCAAAGAGACAGGGUCAGGGUGAGGAUCAGGUCAGGAGAAGGGUGGAGGUGUGGGGAGCUGGUGCCUGCCUCAGCUGCCCCUCUGGAACAGUAGGGCAACCAGAGGCCAAGGGCACCAAGACAAUUGUAGUGUGCCACCAUUUGUGAGAUGCAUCUCAAAAAAAUCAGAGGUGAUAAAAUGUGGAAAAUUGUUUAUCUUUGCUAAAAUCAGUGAAUUGCAGGGAGUCCUCUCAGGCCUUUCUGAAUUGACAUAAUGUUUAAGAAUAUUUUAAAGCAACAUCUUGUCAUUACAUUCUAUAAUAUACAGCACUGAUUGCAUAGGAAAUGAUCCCUAAGGACCUCUUUCACAAAUAAGAGUUGGUAAUUAUAUUAGUGUGUAUGUAAAUAAAUGCAUAAAAAUGG